GAACACAAGGAGAAGCUUCUUAAAUGUUGAAUAUCAGUGCGGAGAGUGUUGCUCUGGGGAUUUUAUUUACGCCGAAUAUUAGAGUACGCCACGUCACUGGAAACAGCACCAAGUAGUGCUUUUUCAAUGACUAAUUUUCACGGAUACACGCGGUUGAGCUUAAACUGGCAUUUUUUCAAACGUGGUUCGUCACAGCGAUGAGCAGUCUGCCCCGUCUUUCCCCCAGGAGGCUCUGCUUCCCAGCCCCUUUGUUCAGUGUAGCCGGUGGGCUGAGUCAGAGGGAGGCAACAAAUCCACACUUACUGUGGGAACACCGACAAGAGAAGAGGAGAGGGCCUAAGGAAUCGGAAAUAUCUGGGAAUUUGCGUUUAACCAGCGUGAAAAAGUUGCUUUUUCCUGAUGCUGACUUUCGCCUCGGAGACGCUCCGGAGCUGCGAGCCAGAGUUGGGCUCCUAAAGCGGCCGUGUAUGCCGAUUAUCUCCGCUCUUGCGGCCGCUUUAGCCCUCACCAUCCUACUGCUGGGAGAGGAACCGGCAGGCUACGAGCUAAAACCAUCACCGGCGCGCUGCUGCCUGCUGUUGCCAUCAUCUGCUGAUCCACGCUGACUCUCCCUUCCAGUUUCUGCUCAGCAUCCAUAUUUGCAUCCCAGGGAGUGGCAGCAGCUAAAUCCCCCCCGAUUCACCCCCGGCAGGACGCUGAAAGUUGCCCGACGCCUCCUCGGAAGCUGAAUUUUCCCUCACAGCAAAGCUGAACAUGGAAAGCGACGGCCAGCACUCCGUCGUCUAGUGCCUGAACCAGAAGCCUUCAUCACCAGGGAGGAGCUCUCCGGUCCCGGCGUCUCGCUGCUCCUGUAGAAUGAACAUGCUGAAGUCCAGCGGACUGAAGAUCCCUGGCCGUGGGCCCAAACAUUCCAGCCCGGUGGGAAGGACCUCGGCGGGUGGAACAUCCAGCCCCAUCGCCCCUAAAGACAGCAUUCCACUCAAGCCCACCACACCGACGAAAAUCUCCGAAGAGGGCGAUGAUGUGUUGGGGGACUACACCGUGGGCGAACAGGUCUGGGUCAACGGUGUCAAACCCGGAGUCAUCGCCUACCUCGGGGAGACCCAGUUCGCCCCGGGACAGUGGGCCGGCGUGAUCCUGAAUGACCUAGUUGGCAAAAACGAUGGUUCAGUGGGCGGCGUGCGCUACUUCGAGUGCCAGCCCCUGCAGGGCAUCUUCACGCGACCCUCCAAGCUCACCCGACAGCCGGUCGGAGAGGGAAGCGACAGCCACUCCACCGACUCGGCCCAGAAUCAGACUCAGCAGGGCGGCGGUGGUGGCGCUCCCGGUGGCCAGCGGGUGGUACCGCUCCGAGAGGGGCUGCUCAACAGCGCCGUGAAAACCGGGAACGAGUCGGGGUCCAACAUGUCUGACAGUGGCUCGGUUAAAAAAAGUGGAGAUAAGGACCUUCGAGUUGGAGAUCGAGUUCUGGUCGGAGGCUCUAAGAUGGGAGUCAUUCGUUAUAUGGGGGAGACAGACUUCGCUAAGGGUGAGUGGUGUGGGGUGGAGCUGGACGAGCCUCUGGGGAAGAACGACGGUGCUGUCGCUGGUACAAGAUACUUUCAGUGUCUCCCCAAGUUCGGCCUGUUCGCUCCGAUCCACAAAGUGAUCCGCAUCGGUUUCCCGUCCACCAGCCCGGCCAAGGCCAAGAAGAGCAAACGGGUGGCCAUGGGGGUCUCCUCUCUGGCCCACAGCCCCAGCAGCUCCUCCAUCAGUUCAGUCAGCUCGGUGGCCUCCUCUGUGGGUGGACGACCGAGCCGAGCUGGGCUGCUGACGGAGACGUCGUCGCGUUACGCACGGAAGAUCUCGGGCACCACGGCGCUGCAGGAAGCCCUGAAGGAGAAGCAGCAGCACAUCGAGCAGCUGCUGGCCGAGAGGGACCUGGAGAGGGCCGAGGUGGCCAAAGCCAACAGCCACAUCUGCGAGGUGGAGAAGGAGCUGAGCGUCCUCAAGGCCCAGCAUGUGCAGUAUGUAACAGAGAAUGAAAACACCCUCCAGCAAGUCAAAACAAUGUUGGCGAGCACACAGAAAGAUAAACUGGAACUGGCUAAUCAGCUUGAAGAAGAGAAAAGGAAAGUGGAGGACCUCCAGUUCAGAGUAGAAGAAGAAUCCAUCACCAAAGGAGACCUGGAGACUCAGACGAAAUUGGAACAUGCCCACAUUCGUCAGCUUGAGCAGAGUCUGCUCCUCGAAAAGUCGAGAGCAGAGGAGCUCCAGAAAGAAUUAGAGAAGCGGAGGCAAACCACGGUGGAGGAGCAGAGUCGCAUCGUGCAGCUGGAGGAGGAGCUCGGCCUCCGGAGGGCCGAGAUCGAGGAGCUCCAGGCUCAGCUCAGAGGGGCCGACGGCGGCUCGCAGAAGGCCGGUGACGGCGAGGCGACUCCGGGGAGCGACGCCCAACCGGAGACCCUCCUCCUCCGGGAGCAGCUGCUGUCAGCGGGUCGGGAACACGUCAAGGAGAGCAGCGAGCUGAAGGAGAAGUACGAGGCCGAGUUAGCAGCAGCCCAGCAGGAGAUUAACUCCCUGAAGGCCGUGGUGGAGAAACAGAACCUGGAGAUCAGUGAGACGAAGCAGAAGGUCCAGCAGGCCAACAAGGAGAACAUGGAGAUGAUGGACACCUGGAAGGCUAAGUUUGACACUUUAGUGAGCGACCACCAGCGAUCCCUGGAGGAGCUGAAGGCGUCGCUGAGCGGCGACAACGCUGCUCCAGAGGGCCAAGAGCCAGACGCCCAGGAGCUGAGGGCCGCUCUGGAGGGCCUGAAGAUGGAGCACCAGCUGGAGGUGGAAAACCUCAAAGCCAAACACAAGAUCGAAGCCGCCAUCCUGACCAAGGAGCGCGAGGACCUCAGCGCUCGUCUGCAGGAGGCCAAAGAGCAGCUGGCCGAGGGGAGCCAGGCGUGGAGGGCAGAGGUCGAAGCUCGGAGCGGGAAGCAGGCGCUGGAGGAGGCGGCCAACAAGCUGCAGAAGGCCGAGCAGAGGCUGGCGGAGGUGGAGAAGCUUCGGGAGGAGCAAGACAAGAGCACGGAGGAGCUGAGGGGGAGGCUGGAGCUGUCGGAGAAGAAGAUGAGCGACUACGAGGCGCUGCAGAAAGCUCAGGCCGAGAGCCAGGAGGAGAUCCAGAAGCUGGAGGAGAAACUGAGGGUGACGGCCAACCAGCUGCAGGCCAUCCAGGCCGACCGCUACACGUCCCACGAUGCAAAUGUGAUAGAAGAUAAUGAACUCUCAGACGAGAAGAUGAAACUGAAACAGAAUAUUGAAGAAACAAUGGAGAAGCUGUUGAAAAGGGAAAAAGAGGUUUCUACGCUCACGUCCCAGGUUGAGGCCCUCAAAUCGCAGAUCGGAGCUCUGGAAAGCAAAGUUCGCUCGGGGGAGAAGAAAGUGGAAUCUCUGGCCAGGGAGAAGAUGCGAGUGGAGGCAGAGCUGGAGUCCAUGACCAAGAAGUCCCAUGAUGCAUCUGGGCAGCUGGUCAGCAUUAGCCAGGAGCUGCUGAAGAAGGAGAGGAGUCUGAACGAAUUGAGGGUGCUGCUGCUGGAGUCGCAUCGUCAUUCUCGGGACAUGGAGAAAGACCUGAACCGAGAAGUCCACAAGGCCGAGUGGAAGGUGAAGGAGCAGAAGCUUCAGGACGACAUCAAGACGCUGCGAGAAAAACUGCUUUUACUGGGUCCUGGACGUUGCUCUCCGGACCUCCGGCGGCAUUCAAUGCUCGAUCCGUCUGCUCUGGACUCGGAGGUGAACCGCCUCCGCCAGCGGCUGCUCAGCACCGAGGAAGCCCUGAGGAACGCCUUGGAGCACAACCACCAAGUGGACAAGCUGGUCCAGGCCAUGCGCAGACAUCCAGAAAAAAGCCCGGUGCACGGCGCAAAUUCAGCUAAUGGGAUUCACCACCAGGAGUCAGGCAGCACUCGAGAUGAACAACACUGAUAAAAGCAGAAGAGAUACGACUGGGACGCUGACAUGACUCAGACUGAACUGGGACUCGCAGAAGUAAAUUAAAAAAGACAGAAGCUCGUCCGACGUCCGUCCUGAUCCUGCGAUGGACGCCUGAAGAACCUUUCAGUUUACAGUUCAUACCAAAACAGCGAAUCUCUAUCUCAAGUGAAUUUAUGUGUUGUUGCAGAAAGCACCUAUUAGCCAAUCAUGAAGACCGCUUAAAGUCCUAUAAAGUAUAGACAGGAAGUAAGGCACGGACAUGAAGAGACAUUAUCGGUACAACAACUGCUGAGAACUCACAGUGUGGCGACUUUUGAUGCUUUACGGUAGUUAGAAAAGUUUGAAUCUACGAGUUGCCGGGAACUCUUUUGACAAUUCUGAAUUUUGAAAGCAAAAACGGCUGAUGGACACCAACGUGAAGAACUGGGCCUCAGCCGCUUUGUCUGUUUUAUUUAUUACUUUUACUUUGCUCCUCUGCUUUGUAAUAAUCCUCUAUACUGUAGGUGAGCUGUCUUGGCCUCAGAGCAACACGUAAGAACAACUGUUUUCAAAGGGAAUGUGGCUAAUUUGUCACCUUCUUAUGUGAUAUCUGAGGAGGAUUGGUAGCAAAAUCAUUACGCCGUUCUGUGUUACGGUGCAUAAGUAUGAUUGGAAAUGUUCUCUCCACUCAACAGCUUCCAACUUCUUGUUUUUUGAACAUUGUAUGGUUUAAAAGUGGUUCUGUGUAAAAGGUUUAGGCCAAAGAACAGAAGACCCGUAACAAAAACUAAGCUUUACUUACAAAGCUGGUACAGAUUACACACAAGAAGAUCCAAACAGGCAAACAAAAGCCACACAGAGAAGGGAAAAAUCUAAAAAAAAAUACUCAAAGAAAACAGACGAAACAGGAACAGGUACAAAGGUCAUCCACAACAACAUAAACUAGAACCAGGAAAACAUCAGAAAUACAAGAAAUGGCUGGAAAUUUUUCAUACAACAUUAACACCACCUACCUAACAUAGUGUAGAUCCUCCAUGUGCAGCCAAAAUGACCCAGAUAUCCUUAUAGUUCUGAUUUGGGGAGUAUAACGAUCAGAUCAAGGCUCUUGGUCAAGUUCCUCGAGCAGCUCCUGAGUAGUUUUUAUAGUGUGGAAGGUUGUUUUGAGCCUAUCCUCGUCUACAACAGUGUUCAGGUUGGUACCAGGAACCAAGACUCCAUAGCAGAAGUUUGCAUUGCUAUAAGACGUUCAGUGCCAUCGACUUUAUCCGUCUUUGUAUGUUCUAUACGUUACAUACAAUAUGCAAGAAGGAUCAAUUGGGUAACAAUGCAUAGCUGAAACUAACGAAACUGGUGCGACUGAUCACAAAAACUGAGAAAACCCAAAGACAGGAGGCAAAACAAACAGUGACUUAUAAUGACACAGGCAAUCCCACAUAAAUUCAUAAUUAAACCAAAAACCUUGACAAUGUGGUGAGAUUGAAUGUGUUUUGGUUGCAAAACAUCUGAAAAAAUUCAACUUUUUUGUAAUAUUCAUAUUCCUGUAUGAUCCAAACACCAUUUUUGACCAAUAAUAAGCAGCCUUUUUGUCAUGUAAACAAUACAAAUGUCAAACUAAAUAGUUACUGCCAAUAGCAAGUUGCUCUAAAAAUAUCAUGAAAAAAGUCUUGAGUCUUAAAUCAAGUUCAUUCAUUCAAAGGAAGGAUAUAGACUAAAAAAAAUAUCAAUUUAUGAAAUAAAAUAACAACCAAAAACAGAAUACCAAUUGAAGGUCAGUUUCUACAUGUAAUAAACAUGAAAAACUAAAUAUUAAAACCACUACGAGUGAGAAAAACCCAUUGAAACAUUGACCUUUUAGGGGAUUUCUUUAAAAUGCCGAAGGUGGAAAAAGAUUAGGUUGAGAGAAGAAGCAUAUUUACAGUCUGUGGUGAUAUAAGAAUGAAAAAUGGAGCUCUAAUGGUGUAAAAACUAGUGCAGGUGAUCACAAAAGUGGAGAAAACACAGGAGGCCAAAUUAACAGUGACUUCAAAAUAAAACAAGUAAUUACCACAUAAAUCUAUAACAAAACCAAAAACCUCGACACUGUGAUCAGAUUGAAUGCAUUUUGGUUGCAAAACAUUUUGAAAAAAAAACCCAAACUUUUUUGUAAUAUUUGUAUACCUGUACGACUCAAACAUCAUUUUUGACAAAUAUUGAUAUUAAACUGAGAAUUAAGAACACUUAGACUGAGUGAAACCCAUUGAAAACAUUGAUGCUUGUUUGGUUUUUCUUUAAAAUGUCAAAGGUGGAAGAACGUUGGGUUGAGAGAAGAAGCUUAUAUACAGUUUAUGAUGAUAUAAGACAAAAAAUGGAGCUGUAAUGGUGGUAACGGUGUAAAAACAAUCCAUUGAGUGCAUUUUCAUACUUCUGUAAUGGCUAGUCCUCAAUAUAAAACCACACAUCAGUGGUGCAGAGCAUUAGGAGUCAUAUAUAUCGACUGAACUACCAUGAAUCCACCAUCCAGCCUUACAUCUACAGUUUAAUGUCUUCUCAUUGGAGGAGAAUUAUCUGUUUCAGGACUAAUGUUGCUGAUUUCACUACCAAUCUUCUCCUCAGAUGUUAGUAAAGUGGUGGAAGGUCUCGUCUCCUAAAUGAGUUUUCAGCCAUUGCACAUCAGUGGACCUCCAGAAGACUGAUACAAUGUUUAUAGAAUGAAUAUAGUGAAUUAUUUCAGACUUUUUCAUUCUCUUAAGGACUUUUUGACCCCCGCACCUCUUGUUUUAUUGGCCAUGCAUCAAUACGGACGCCAUCCAUCCACACAUUAAUCUGAAUUAACUACAUGUGGUACAACAUAGAAGCCCGUUUUAGUGUCCAAGCAAACGAUUUUGCUUUGUCAAGUCUACUGAAGGGCUGUCGCAAGAGCUAAAAACCCAAACAAUGGACUCAUCCUUCGCCCAGAUUGACGACAUCUGUUGUAUUUAUACUCUUAAGUCUUCCAAAUAUUGUUUUAUCCAUUCGUCAGCUCAACCAGGGGGAUGCUAUUUGCGAGAUGGAGGUGAGCAGUAGGAGGUCAGCUUGGAUAAAAAGCUAAAUUUUUCCAUCGGAUAUUGUACUCGGCCUUUUCAGCUGCGGGGUUUGUACCCUCUGGAUCAUUGCUGCAACGGUUUUGGAGAUUGAUUCAUUAAAUAUUAACAAUGUG